CUCUCUCUCUCUGCGCUCACUGAAUCCAACAUGGAGUAAGGAGGAGAUGGGGCUCGUCCGGGGCCAUCCUCACCGACAACAGCGCUCCGUCCUCGGUCACCGCGUUCCAGUCCGACCCGGCAGGGGAGGAGGAAGAGGAGGCGGCGGAGGAGGAGGAAGAAGUAGAAGAAGAUAAGGCGUAGGAGGAGGAGGAGGAGGAGGAGGAGGAGGUGGUGGAGGAGGAGAUCUGAUGCUUCUUCUGAUGCGCUCCUAAUUGAGGAGUAAAAUAAGAAGAAGAGGAGGAGGAGGAGGUGUUGGAGGAGGAAGAGGAGGAGGAGGAAGGAGACCCGGGGGUUCUUAACGCACACCGGGGUUGGAUCACCGGAGCUGCAAAGCGGUAGAGAACCGGAUCCGCUGCCGCUUCUGCCGCUUCUGCCGCUCCCGAUGAGAGGCGCGGAAACAUGAAGACACCGCACCGUGCUGCCGCGGCGGGAGCUCGUUAUUACCGGAGGUGAAACGGAAAAACAUGAGCGAGGACACGCGCCCAGACGAUGACAGCUACAUUGUGCGUGUCAAAGCGGUGGUGAUGACCAGAGACGAUUCGAGCGGCGGCUGGUUGGCUCAGGACGGCUGUCUGAGCAGAGUGGGCGUGUGCAGGCUGCUGUCGGCCGAACUGCUGGGACGAAGCAGCUUCCUCAUCCACGGAGAACGCCUCAAAGACAGACAGGUCAUUCUGGAGUGUUUCUUAAAGAAGGAUCUGGUCUACACCAAGGCCACGCCCACAUUCCACCACUGGAAGGUCGACAAUAAAAAGUGCGGUCUGACUUUUCAGAGUCCGUCCGACGCGCGAGCUUUCGACCGUGGGGUGAGACGGGCCCUGGAGGAUUUGACCGAAGGGUCGACCACAUCCUCAUCCACGCUGCAGAACGAGGCGGAGCUUGGCGAUGACGACGUCUUCACGACGGCCACCGACAGCUCGUCCAACUCGUCCCAGAAGAGAGAGCCGACGAUGCACUCGCUGGCCCCGCCCCACUUCUGCGAGGCCCGUCGGCACCACUGCAUCCUGGGACAUUUCUACGAGCAUCACCACAGGCCCUCGGAGCACUUCUUCCUGGACCAGGCGGUGCACAUGUUCCCUCGUCACGUCAGCUUCCAGCUGGAGGAGGAGGAGAUCGUUCGCAUCAAUCCUCGAGAGCGGACGUGGCUCACCGGCUACGAGGAUUACCGCCACGCCAACUCUACGCGAGACAAACUCACGCAGCCCGACAACCUGGACGCUUAUGUACACUUCGCCAAGAGCGAGCCGCCUAAACAUGACUACACCUACCCGUACCCUCUCAGCUGUGACGUGCAGCGGGUCUGUGACGGUAAAUCGGGCUGCCUGGAGCUGGGCGGCGGACGCAGGGCGGUGGUGACGGUGCAGCCGCGAGCCCUGCAGCCCAAAGGGAAGAGGAGGAAGGAGGACGGCGAGCGCUCGCGCUGCGUUUACUGUCAGGACAUGUUCAACCACGAGGACAACGGGCGGGGCCGCUGCCAGGAAGCGCCCGACCCCAUUCAGACCUGCAUCAGACGGGUCAGCUUCAUGUGGUGCGCCGACAGCCUGCUGUAUCACUGCAUGUCGGACCCGGAGGGAGAUUACUCGGACCCGUGCUCCUGUGACACCAGCGACGAGCGCUUCUGCCUACGCUGGACGGCGUUGGUGGGCCUCUCUCUGCUGGCGCCCUGCAUGUGCUGCUACGCCCCCCUCAGGGCGUGCUACCGCUGCGGGGUCGCCUGCCACUGCUGUGGCGGGAAACACAAAGCCGUGGGAUAAGCCAUCGCAGGCCCCGCCCCCUUUGCAUAACAAAAAGUACUAAUGGGAGGAGGCGGGGAGACGGAGCCGCUGUGAUUUAUUCGUUGUUGUUGUUGUUUGUCUCGUCUCCGAGGUUUUCAAAGGAGGAGAAGAAGAACUUUGUCUCAACAGAUGUUGUUUUUAUUUUUUUGUCUCUGUGACGUUGGGAAGCGAACGGAUUUCAAAUCGUGACAAAGACCGAACAAAGAAUAUUCAUUUCUAUAUAGAAGUCUAUAUAAAUGAAUAUAAAUAUAAAUAUAUGAACAGGUACUUUAUAUUUUUACACUCAUGUGUUUUAAAAGCUCGAAUGUGUCUUCUUUUCAGCAUUCUGUCGUACGAAUGUUUUUAUGUUUGUUUGGAAGCCGCAGCUCACCAACACGCCGCGAAAACAUUUAACCUCCACCGAGACAUUCGAGAGCGUGCGAAAUACUUUCAUGGCACCUCCAGCGAAUUUAAAUAACGUUAGGACAAAGAGAUGGAGAUGAAUUUCAUGUGUGUUAAGUAAAAGUGUGGAUAUAGUUAGCCUAGCUUAGCAUAAAGAAUGGAAGCAGAUGGAAACAGAUAGCAGUUAGCCUAGCUUAGCAUAAAUAAUGAAAGCAGAUGGAAACAGAUAGCAGUUAGCCUAGCUUAGCAUAAAGAAUGGAAACAGAUAGCAGUUAGCCUAGCUUAGCAUAAAGAAUGGAAGCAGAUGGAAACAGAUAGCAGUUAGCCUAGCUUAGCAUAAAGAAUGGAAGCAGAUGGAAACAGAUAGCCUGGUUCUGUUUUAAAAGACUGUCACUCUGCAGGGGGGGCAUGAACUUUGUGUGUCUGGGGUCUUUGGUACAUCUCGUUUCAAGACAUCGAGGGCGCACUCACACUAGGCCCAAUUGCCCCGUACCGUACUGAGGUAGAUUGCCCCCCCCCCUUCCCAUUCCCCCGCUGCCCUGUACUUACACAGCUCCAGGACUAACCGGGCCUCAGCACGGUUGUCAUCAGGCAACACGUGGUUAAGCUAAGAGCGUCCGUGUUCUUGUGGGUUUUAACCAGCUGAUUGUGAAUACUCGCGUCCACCCAAAUUUUGAGUAAUUACUAAAUUCUGUAUCGGACCAACGUUGACGAUUCGCUGUCGUUGUUCAAAAUGAUUGUCGAGAGGUGCGGUCACAUCGAUCAGGUUUUAUGUCAUGUCCACGUUGGGAUCUCGUGUGUGCUCGCUCAUGAGCAGCCGUGCCGGAGUAAACCUCUUCCAUCCGUUUCAGGACGUCCAGGAAGUGCACGGAGCACUCGCACCAGUCAAAAGAAAAACUGGACUUUGGGGGUCAAACAUGCUUGGUCAUGGUGCGGACUGCCUAGUGUGUGUGCACCCUUAAAUAAAAUGUGCUUGCUGCAUUGGCAGACAUUUCUAGACCUAAACUUGAGGUGUUAUUUUAAUGUUUUUAAGAUUUAUUUUGGGGCUUUUUAUUCACAACCCAAAGAGAUGAUUACAACAUAAGCCCCACCUCUGACAAGGCAAUAGCCAAUCGUACUGAAGGAUUCAGACUUGAAGUGUGGCCCUGCAACCCCCUUGGAUCCACCCCUGAUGUUGUAGUUAGAUUUAAUUCUGCACAGACAGGAAUGAUAAAGCAACAAUUUGUUUUUGACGGUUGUGCUAACAUGCUAGGCUACUGUGUACAUUUAAACCUUUGGAGAGCGCCAGGCUAGCUGUUCCCCUAUAUGUCUAGUUUUUAUGCUCAGCUAGGCUAACUCAGUCCAUACUUAACGCACGUUAACGAGCCGUAACAAUCAUCAUAUAAAACUACGAUCAUGAAGGAUAAUUAUUUGUUCCCCCUCUCUCAGUUUUUCUAAAUGUUAUCUUUUAUUUUUAAUUCCUACAUUUCUUUUUGCAGUGUGGCGGUGCAGCUGUGGUUUCCUGGCGUCCAGCAGAGGCACUUCACUGGUCUGAAAGCUACUUUGUAAAGUCUGUCUAACAAACCGGACGGAUACACCAGUUUGGCUGACCAGUAAUACGGCUAGUCCCAGCUCUGAAAAGUCCAGAAACACACAAAAAUGAGAAUUUGCAAAUCUGCGUUUCAUCUUGUUGAAUUUAAAUCGCAAAUUUUGUGCAGAUCAAUCGCCAACAUUUGCAGUUAAAAAAAAAAACUUUCAUCUCCUGCUGUCCUGUAAACUGGUCCCACUGGUCUGUCUGUGCUCGUUUGUUGUUCUGUAGGUUUGUUUGACGAAAGGAACAAAAUAUAUCAGGAAGGAGAAAGCUAAUAUAAAUAACUGAUUCUUAAGAUUCAGAUUCUUAAGUUUUAAUCCUCUAAUAGUCCUCAUGAUGAACAGACAGAAACCUGGAUCAGAACCAGACUCAUGAAGAACAGACAGAAACCUGGAUCAGAACCAGACUCAUGAAGAACAGACAGAAACCUGGAUCAGAACCAGACUCUUGAUGAACAGACAGAAACCUGGAUCAGAACCAGACUCGUGAUGAACAGGCAGAAACCUGGAACAGAACCAGACUCAUGUUGAACAGGCAGAAACCUGGAUCAGAACCAGACUCAUGAUGAACAGACAGAAACCUGGAUCAGAACCAGACUCAUGAUGAACUGGCAGAAACCUCAAACAGAACCAGACUCAUGAUGAACAGGCAGAAACCUGGAGCAGAACCAGACUCAUGAUGAACGGACAGAAACCUCGAACAGAACGAGACUGAUGUUGAACAGGCAGAAACCUCGAACAGAACCAGACUCAUGAUGAACAGGCAGAAACCUGGAGCAGAACCAUACUCAUGAUGAACGGACAGAAACCUCGAACAGAACCAGACUCAUGUUGAACAGGCAGAAACCUUGAACAGAACCAGACUCAUGUUGAUCAGGCAGAAAUCUUGAACAGAACCAGACUCAUGAUGAACAGGCAGAAACCUGGAUCAGAACUAGACUUAUGUUGAACAGACAGAAAUCUGGAGCAGAACCAAACUCAUGAUGAACAGGCAGAAACCUGUAUCAGAACCAGACUCAUGAUGAACAGGCAGAAACCUGGAGCAGAACCAGACUCAUGUUGAACAGACAGAAACCUGGAGCAGAACCAGACUCAUGUUGAACAGAAACCUGGAACAGAACCAGACUCAUGUAGAACAGGCAGAAACCUAGAGCAGAACCAGACUCUUGAUGAACAGACAGAAACCUGGAACAGAACCAGACUCAUGUAGAACAGGCAGAAACCUAGAUCAGAACCAGACUCAUGAUGAACAGGCAGAAACCUCGAACAGAACCAGACUCAUAAUAAACAGGCAGAAACCUGGAACAGAACCAGACUCAUGAUGAACAGGCAGAAACCUGGAGCAGAACCAUACUCAUGAUUAACAGACAGAAACCUCGAACAGAACCAGACUCAUGUUGAACAGGCAGAAACCUGGAUCAGAACCAGACUGAUGUUGAACAGGCAAACCUAGAUCAGAACCAGACUUAUGAUGAACAGGCAGAAACCUGGAUCAGAACCAGACUCAUGAUGAAUAGAAACCUGGAACAGAACCAGACUCAUGUUGAACAGAAACCUGGAACAGAACCAGACUCAGGUAGAACAGUCAGAAACCUGGAUCAGAACCAGACUCAUGAUGAACAGACAGAAACCUGGAGCAAAACCAGACUCAUGAUGAACAGGCAGAAACCUGGAACAGAACCAUACUCAUGAUGAACAGACAGAAACCUCGAACAGAACCAGACUCAUGUUGAACAGGCAGAAACCUGGAUCAGAACCAGACUCAUGUUGAACAGACAGAAAUCUGGAGCAGAACCAGACUCAUGAUGAACAGACAGAAACCUAGAGCAGAACCAGACUCUUGAUGAACAGACAGAAACCUGGAACAGAACCAGACUCAUGUAGAACAGGCAGAAACCUAGAUCAGAACCAGACUCAUGAUGAACAGGCAGAAACCUCGAACAGAACCAGACUCACAAUAAACAGGCAGAAACCUUGAACAGAACCAGACUCAUGAUGAACAGGCAGAAACCUGGAGCAGAACCAGACUCAUGAUGAACAGGCAGAAACCUGGAUCAGAACCAGACUCAUGAUGAAUAGAAACCUGGAACAGAACCAGACUCAUGUAGAACAGUCAGAAACCUGGAUCAGAACCAGACUCAUGAUGAACAGACAGAAACCUGGAGCAAAACCAGACUCAUGAUGAACAGACAGAAACCUGGAGUAGAACCAGACUAAUGAUGAACAGACAGAAAUCUGGAGCAGAACCAAACUCAUGAUGAACAGGCAGAAACCUGGAUCAGAACCAGACUCAUGAUGAACAGGCAGAAACCUGGAGCAGAACCAGACUCAUGUUGAACAGACAGAAAUCUGGAGCAGAACCAGACUCAUGUUGAACAGAAACCUGGAACAGAACCAGACUCAUGUAGAACAGGCAGAAACCUAGAGCAGAACCAGACUCUUGAUGAACAGACAGAAACCUGGAACAGAACCAGACUCAUGUAGAACAGGCAGAAACCUAGAUCAGAACCAGACUCAUGAUGAACAGGCAGAAACCUCGAACAGAACCAGACUCAUGAUAAACAGGCAGAAACCUCGAACAGAACCAGACUCAUGAUGAACAGGCAGAAACCUGGAGCAGAACCAUACUCAUGAUGAACAGACAGAAACCUCGAACAGAACCAGACUCAUGUUGAACAGGCAGAAACCUGGAUCAGAACCAGACUCAUG